GGCGUGUUUGAGAGACUUUUAUUAUGUAAAUAUCAACCGGGACUGUGAAGAAAAGCUUUGGCAAGUCAACUUACAUAUGUUAUUGGUAAAUGUGAGAGGCGCUGCGUGAUUUUUCUUCUUACAAUAAAACUGUGAUGUGACCGAAGUAACUGCAACUGCAAAGAACUGACGUUCGCCGUCAAAAUUAAGGGCGCAAAAUCAAUUUACAGGAGAACCUCCAUCCACAUGCAUAACAAACAAUGGACUCUAAUGGAGCAGCGUGAGAUGAGAUGAAGUCUGUCUUUUACGCAGUGAAAUCCGAGCAAAGCCAGAAUCAGAUAAAUGAACUCCAGUGAAGCAUCAGCUCAGCCUCAUGUCGUUUCUGGACUGCACCUGUAUCUCCUCCCACACACAAGUCCAGCCCAUCAGCAUAGAGGAGCAGUAUGAAGACAUCAGCCAUCAGUGCUCGAGCAGUGAUGUCUCUCCGUGUUCUGUGUUGACGGAUGAAGAUGACAUCACAGAUCUUUCCACUGACCCCGCCCACUAUCAGCUGCUCUCACAACUGGGCCGGGGCUUUAAUAACCUCAGUCAGGUGAGCAUGGCUCGACACACACCGUCUGGCCGGCUGGUGGCGGUGAAGAACACUAACCUGGAUGAGUGUACAGAAGAUGAGCUGCUGCAGCUGAUGAACGAGGUUCUCCUGUCCAGACUGUUCCGUCACCCAAACCUGCUGACGUCCAGACUGGUGUUCAGCUCGUGCUGUCAGCUCUGGGUGCUGUCUCCUCUAAUGAGCUACGGUUCUGCAGACUCUCUGCUCAGGUCGUAUUUUCCGGACGGAAUGAGCGAGUCUCUGAUAGCGUACCUGCUGUACGGGGUGCUCCGAGCGCUGGAGUACCUGCAUCACAUGGGUUACGUGCACAGGGGUGUGAAGGCGAGUCAUGUGCUGCUGUCAGCUGAAGGCCGUGUGUGUUUGUCGGGGAUGCAGAGUGUGUACAGUUUGAUGAAGGAUGGCAAGAGGAUGAGAGCUGUGUUUGACAUGCCUCAACACAGUCCGUCUCUGCUGCCCUGGCUGAGUCCGGAGCUGCUGCGACAGGUGACGUUCACACACCGUCCACACAUGAAAGCUGUUCCCAACAGACUGUUUAUAACAAAAAACAAUUUAUAAACAGCAAGACAACUUUUAAAAAUUAUUUCAAAAUUAUUACAAAUUAAAAAAAAAUUUACUUGGAUUAGAUUGUGGCACAGGUAUUCUAAAUGUAAAAAAUGAGCACGCACAAUUAAACAUCCAAAACUAUCUCAUAU